UGGCCGAGCGCGGAAGGAUCUGGCCGGUCGCGGAACGAUCCUGCCGUGCCUCCGCCCGUUCGUCUUCGGGACCAGAUCGGGGCUGCCGUGACGUUGUCCCCCGGGUUUCUGUGUCCCUGUCCCCACUGUAGCCGGGUCCUGUCUCUACGGGCGGCAUCUCCUCAUCCUUAGAGACUCUGGGUGGUGGGUGAGGGACUAUUUUUUUUUUCGGCGGAAGGUCACGGAGGGGCGGUGCGAAUGCAGUGAGACUAAUCCAACCAUGGAUAGUGUGAAUAGCUCAGAGGGUCCCUGGCUACAGAGGUUUGCAAAUGGGAAGCCUUUGAGAAAACCCAAACGGCAACAGCCUUGGAAGGCUGCACCUGAUCAAAGCCGAAACAUCAUUGCUUCUGUUCAGUGCCUCUUGGACAGAGAAAAUUUUGUGAGGGAGGUGGACAGAUAUUUGAGGCACUGUGAUUUCCUAGAUCUGAGAAAGACAGAGCUUCUGUACAAAAAAUACCUUGAGGAUGUUUCAGAGCCAUUUAUGCAGAAAAUGAAGGACCAAAUGCACAGCCAGUCAGAGGAAGAAGUGCAGAAAAGGAGACAAGAACAAUUCUCUCAGUAUUUGAACUACUGUGCAAAGAAGGGCUAUGUGUUUUUGGAUCAUUAUGACCCAUCCGAGUACGAUCCGUUCUUCCAGAAGACAUGCAGAGACUGCUGGAAGGAUGAAAGUCAUCAACCAGGACAGUGACAGAGAGAACCAGUGAUGCCACCUGUCCUCCAGCUGGCCACAGCAGCAUGGACAGCUAUCAAAGGUACCAGUUACAAAAUAGGUCACGUGCACUGCCAAAGCAAGUGAGAACAGGCCAGGUCUUUGGACAAACUGCAAUAAACUUACUGUCUUAAAUAUGUAGUUCUGAAAUGUUACCCAGCAGCCAAAUAAAUGUCUGGGAUGCUGCUCCUUUUCUUGCCAUGUCCAGUUCAACAUUUUGCAAAACCUGCUAUUUUAGGAGGUUUAACUUGGGCUGACCUCAAUAAAGAUAAUUUUAUGCUGUUCUCUCCUGGAGACAGUGUCCAAGCAGUAAAUCAAACUUCUAACAUACAUUGUAUGUGUUUUGAGAAGGCAGGCAAUAAGUAGGCGAGAAGAAAUGGGAAGCGGUGUAUAAAACAUCUGGUGCUUUUUGGAGAGUUGGUGCUGGCAGCUGCUGCCAG